AUGGCCCUGGACAUCCCAGACCGCCAUUUGACCAGCCCUGUACUGCCUCUGUACAACCCGCAAGACCAGACUCCAACCUCGCUCCCCGACUUCACCAGCAAGAUGCAAUCCCCACAGGCCGACUUCUCAACUACAGCACAGCCACAUUCACCCUCCCUUCCCACCACCCCCACCGCGCACUUCCGCGUACCCGCGGAUGUCGGCAACCCCCAUACCGCCAGCAAAGCCAAGCCUUCAUCCUCGGUUCGCCAGCGCGCAGCUGCGCACCAGAUUUCCUUCGACCCUGCUGUGCCAUAG